CUUGGCUCUCUUUGCUCUGCUCACUUGACUGAAGAAGCCUUUUCCUUUUCCCUCUUUUGAUUAUUACUAGAAAUCCUGUAUAGUUUUCAAUACUAGCAGUAUUUCUUCAUGUUUGCUCCAAUGGGGAGAGUCCUGCUGAGCGCGCAGAAGGCUGACUGGCCCGGCCUGGUCUGAGCUCUCCGGGGUUGGGGCCCACCUGCACCUUGUCUGCCUUCUGGGCUCCCUGACACUCUCCCAUCUCCCUCUGACAAAGGUCGGGAGCCAUUGAGGGAGUCGGGCCGUUGCUGCCCUGGGGCGGUGGGGGGUAGCAUGUCCCUUCUCCCCCUCUUUCUUCCUCCCUGCAUCUUCUCUUCCCAGCCUGGGCAGAUGUACUUGGUGCUGGGGCGUCUGCGGCCUUCCCUAUCCUGGUGACUCCGAAUCCUCACCUGUCUGAAGGCAGCGCAGGUCGGAGCCUCCCACUUAACCAUCUCCGGCGGUUCCCUUGGACAGACGGGGGCUCUUUGUGCCUGGACCCUUCCUCCUCUUUAAUUCUGUGCCACAUACCUGAGCUCUUCUUCCCCUUCCCUCUUGGCCUUUGCACAAGGGCCUCCAUGACCCAGAGCCUCUUCACUUUUCCUGACUUCCUCAGUGUGAACUCACAUCCUACCUUUGGCUUCCCCUCACGGGAUAUCUGGUACCUCCCUGUGGAAUGUGUGCUCGUGCCCAAGCCAGGCUUUGCUCUCCCCACUGAGAAGGCACUAUGAACAACCAUCCAUACAUGGGCACUAGCCCUGGGGUCAGAAAGGCUCCAGUUCAUGGGUUCAAAUUCAGCCUCAGACACUUAUAAGCUGGGUGACCCCAGGCAAGUCCCCAGACACUAGUUGCCUCCAUUCCUCAUUUGUAAACUGAACUGGAGAAGGAAAUGGAAAACCACCCUAGUCUCCUUAGGAAGAAUUGGCCAUGAUGGAGUACUUGAACAAAAAGCCAUCCAUACGAGAUGUACUUAGGGCAUGGAAGAGUCGACAUAAAGGACCGAGUUCGUUGUACAAUCUCUGGAGAGCUUUACCCCUUGUGGCCUCUCGGCGUCUCCCUGGGCCUGUGAUGGUCCCCGGCUGAGCAGGCCUGCGUUUGCCGUUUCAGCAUCCAGUGACGUUCCGGGACGUGUCUGUGGAUUUCUCCCUGGAGGAGUGGCGAUGCCUGAGCCCCGCUCAGAGGGCCCUGCACAGGGAGGUGAUGCUGGAGAACUACGAGCACCUGGUCUCUGUGGGGCUUACAGCAUCCAAACCCGAUGUGAUCUCCUUGUUGGAGAGAGGCGAAGCACCGUGGAUGGCCCUGGCUGGAGUCCUCAGGAGCCCCUACCCAGAUUGCCCAAAUUGUGAGGCCUUGGAUAAGGAUUCCAUUCUGUCUGAGGGCAUUUGUCCAGGAACAUUGGCCCGAGAAAGAUUGCCAGUGGAGAGUAAUUGGUAUCUCAGGAUUGGAGAUUCAGAGCAAUGGGAAGUUAGGUUAGAGAGAUGGGAGGGCCAUCAGGAGAGACAGUCUCCACAAGUGACAGUCACUCCCCAAAGAACUUUGAAUAUGGCAAAUAUACCUGAAUGUAGCACGCUUAUUAGACGUUUUAACUUGGGACCACUCUUUUUCCCCCACUGGAGAGCUGACACGGAAGAAAGAUUCCAUAAGUGUAAUGCAUUUGGAAAGAAAAUCUUUGACCAGAAAUCAAAUGUCAAUGGCCAUCAGAACAUUCAUACUGGAGAAAACCCCUUUGAAUGUGAUGUAUGUGGGAAAAUCUUCCAGAGCAGGGGAAUACUUAGUAAGCAUCAGAGAACGCACAGUGGAGUGAAACUGUUUGAACAUAAUGAAUGUAGAAAAGGCUUCAGUGAUGGUGGAUCACUGAUUGACCAGCAGAAAUCUUCUGGAGUGAAAUCAUUUGAAUGUAGUGAGUGUGGGAAAGCCUUUAGUGGAAAGGCUUACCUUAUCAUCCAUGAGAGAACUCAUACUGGAAUGAAACCCUUUCAGUGUGAUAUAUGUGAGAAAGCUUUUAUUCGGAAGGAAUACCUGGUGAGCCACCAGAGAACUCACAGUGGGGUGAAACCCUUUGAAUGCAAUGAAUGUGGAAAAGCCUAUAGUCAGAAGGGAAACCUCAUUAGCCACCAGAGAGUUCAUACUGGAGUAAAACCUUUUGAAUGUAAUGAAUGUGGGAAAGCCUUCAAUCAGAAGGGAUACCUUAUUAGCCAUGAGAGAACUCAUUCUGGCCUGAAGCCCUUUGAAUGUGAAGAGUGUGGAAAAGCCUUCACUGCUAAGAGAACGCUUAUUAACCAUCGGAGAAUUCAUACUGGAGUGAAACCUUUUGGAUGUGAUGAAUGUGGCAAAGCCUUCAGUGAGAGGGGUACCCUUAUUAGCCAUCAGAGAACUCAUACUGGAGUGAAACCCUUUGAAUGUAAAGAAUGUGGGAAAGCCUUCCUUCGGAAGGGUCACCUUAACAGCCAUCAGAGAACCCACACUGGAGUGAAACCUUUCGCAUGUAAUGAAUGUGGGAAAGCCUUCAGUCAGAAGGGACACCUCAUCAGCCAUCAGAGAAUUCAUACUGGAAUGAAACCCUUUGGAUGUAAUGAAUGUGGGAAGGCCUUUAGGCAAUGGGGAACUCUUAGUAAUCAUCAGCGAACUCAUACUUCAAUUAAAACUUUUAUAUGUAAUAAUUGUGGGAAAACUUUCAAUGAAAGGGGUACUCUCAUAAAGCAUCAAGAAACUCAUAGAGUGAAUGAAAUGAAUGUGGGGACCCAUUUGGUUAGAGAAAAAAACUUUCUAGUAGAAGAGAAUUCAUCCUGGGGAUAAACUUUUUGCAAGUAAAUAUGAAUAUUUAACUAUUUAAACAAAAAUUGAGAGUGUAACUGAUUAUUUGUAAUUUCUUGAGCAAAAUAUGUAACAUUGACUUUCAUAAGCAAAGUAGUUUUAUUUCUGUCACCUUUUGAAAUUGGGGAUUGUCUUCAGUGAUGUUCCUGUUUUCAUAGAGUGCACAUUCUUGCUCUGUUU